GGGGAGACUCCGCGCAGGAAGCCGCCCUGCCUCUCCGCCGGCAACGGGGUCCGCCACCGUCGCCUCUUCCUCCGCCGCCUCUUUCGCGCCCCCUCCCUCUUUCUGCGCGCCUUGUCGGAGAAGCCAGCUUGCUGCUGCUGCUGCUGCCGCCGCCAGCGCUCAACUGAUCAUGAAGGAACAAGAGGAGACGAAGAAGGAGGAGGAGGAGGAGACCAGCAGCCCCGGAGGAAAGCGCUGCUCCUGCUCAGCCGCGGCUGCUCCCGCUCUGGGAUUACAGACUCCCCCCGUGAAGGGGUGACCAAGCUGGAGGCAGAGUUGAAGUUUCUGCUCACUGUUUGGGGGUGAAUCGGUGAGACUGAGGAGCGCAAGAGGGAAGUCAAAGGGAGCUCUGGGCCACGGAAGGAAAAAGCGGAGAGAAGGAUACCCAUCACCUCAUUUCUUCUCUGGCAUCCGUUGCCACUGGCCAUGAAGAGGAAACAGAAAAGAUUUCUGCAAAUGACGUUGUUGUUCGUGGUGACUCUGAUUUUCCUGUCCAACAUCGGACUCUGGUCUCUGUACAGGGAAAGACACCUGGUGAAAUCCACCGUGCUGGGAGAGCAGCAGACAUUCCCAAUGGGGCUUGGAGAUGGACAGCUCUAUACCUGGACAGAUGGCUUGAAAAGAAAGGACUGGCAUGACUAUGAAAGUAUUCAAAAAGAUGCCAUGCGUUCAGGGAAAGGUGAACAGGGAAAGCCUUACCCUCUCACAGAAGAAGACAAUGAUGAUUCUGCAUAUCGGGAAAAUGGUUUCAAUAUUUUUGUGAGCAACAACAUAGCCUUGGAGCGAUCCCUGCCAGACAUUCGACAUCCUAACUGUAAGCACAAGGUAUACUUGGAGAAGCUUCCAAAUACUAGCAUAAUCAUCCCAUUUCAUAAUGAAGGUUGGACUUCACUCUUGCGAACCAUACACAGCAUUAUCAACAGGACUCCAAAUAGCCUAAUAGCAGAAAUCAUUCUCGUGGAUGACUUCAGUGACAGAGAACACUUGAGAGAAAAGCUGGAGGAAUAUAUGGCACGUUUUGUCAAAGUGAGAAUUGUGCGCACCAAAAAACGGGAAGGGCUCAUUCGCACCAGACUACUUGGAGCCUCAAUAGCUAAGGGAGAAGUCUUGACCUUCCUCGACUCCCAUUGUGAAGUCAACGUGAACUGGCUGCCUCCUUUACUUAAUCAGAUUGCGCUAAACCAUAAAACCAUUGUGUGUCCCAUGAUCGAUGUCAUUGACCACAAUCACUUUGGGUACGAGGCACAAGCGGGAGAUGCCAUGCGUGGAGCCUUCGACUGGGAGAUGUACUACAAAAGAAUACCAAUUCCGCCAGAGCUCCUGAGGGCUGAUCCCAGUGACCCUUUUGAAUCCCCUGUUAUGGCUGGAGGUCUGUUCGCUGUUAACAGAAAGUGGUUUUGGGAUCUCGGUGGCUACGAUCCAGGUUUAGAAAUCUGGGGAGGGGAGCAGUAUGAAAUUUCCUUCAAGGUCUGGAUGUGUGGAGGAGGAAUGUUUGACGUUCCGUGUUCUAGAGUGGGGCACAUCUACAGGAAAUAUGUCCCUUACAAAGUCCCAUCUGGCACCAGCCUAGCGAGAAACCUGAAGCGCGUGGCAGAAACGUGGAUGGAUGAAUUCGCAGAGUACGUUUACCAGAGGCGGCCUGAGUACAGACACCUCUCCACCGGCGAUAUCUCAGCCCAGAAAGAGCUUCGCAAGCACCUGAAGUGCAAGGACUUCAAGUGGUUCAUGGCCGCGGUGGCUUGGGAUGUCCCUAAAUAUUUCCCUCCGGUGGAGCCACCACCUGCUUCCUGGGGAGAGAUUCGAAACGUGGCAGCAAACCUCUGUGUGGACAGUAAGCACGGAGGUACAGGCACAGAGCUGAGGCUGGACAUCUGUGUGAAGGAUGGCUCUGAACGGACCUGGUCACAUGAGCAGCUCUUCACCUUUGGUUGGAGAGAAGACAUCCGUCCAGGAGAACCUCUUCACACCAGAAAAUUCUGCUUUGAUGCCGUUUCGCACAGCAGCCCCGUCACACUUUAUGACUGCCAUGGUAUGAAGGGCAACCAGCACUGGAGCUACAGGAAGGACAAAACUUUGUUCCAUCCGGUGAGCAGCAGCUGCAUUGAUUGCAAUCCGGCAGAGAAGAAGAUUUUCAUGAACAGAUGUGAUCCUUUAUCUGAAACUCAACAGUGGAUUUUUGAGCAUAUUAAUAUGACUGUUUUAGAGAAAUUUAACAGCAAAAAAACCAGCUCUUAGGGAGAAAAAAACAGACUGUUCUGUACAGAUUGCAAACAAGAUUUUGGCCAGCAUCUGGGUCGAAGGAGUCAGAAAUUAAGUUUCCUAGAGCCAGGAAAUCUGUUCUGAAGAUUAAGUAAAUGCCAGGGCAGAAGCCAACGAGCUGUCAUUGCGGGUGGACAAUAUCUGAAGAACUUGGCUGAGAACCUCACCAGCUGCUGCUGGAGGCCUCCUGGCUGACAAUUUCCCUUGCUGGUCAAGGGAAAACUUUAUUUUAAAAAAAUGUUUCCAAACACUCCAUGUUAAUAAAGUUAACAGAGUUUUAGAGUUUCUCAGGUCAAACCCUACUAUAGUGAGUAGCUAUGAAUAGUUGCUGUUACUUAUGGGGGAUAUAUGGAGUGCAUGAGUGCUAUGUGGGAAUCUUGAGAUGCCACCAGUAGAGAACUAGAAACAUCGAUGGAUACCGUCAGUGUCUCAGAACUGUAAAACAAGACAGAUGUUCUAGCGCCAUUCCUUUCCCUUGGUGGAAGUCAGGUUUAAGAGGGUUAUUUAAAUAAGGUGUUAUAACAGAUAAUGUUAAGAACCUCCCUAUUACGUUCCUUUCACUGUUGAAAUGGGAAUGGCUGAAAAGCAAUGUAAGAGUAAUUUUAGAGUUGCAUUUUGAAUGAAGCAUGAAAAUGACUGUAAGGUGUCAAAUGACCAUUUCUCUUCUGCAGUUGAAGAAAGAAUAAUUUCCAUCACAGCAAUUAAAUAAAAUUUCCAUCCAUUUUA